UCCCGUUUGGUCCCGUUGACAUCUCUACGGACUGAUCAAAGCUACGAAAGCUCUGUUUGCUCCAUGGAGAUAGUGGAAGAAGGUCAAAAUCAACCUAAAAUUGAGCGAAAACAGAGAAAAUCUCAAAAAAUCAUUGAGAAGGGGGAAGACGAUCGAAUCUAUUCGUUGCCAGAUUGCUUGCUUCUUGAAAUCCUGUCUCGUUUACCCACAACAAAACACUCCAUUAGAACAGGUAUUCUCUCCAAACGAUGGAACCAUCUUUGGACUUUGGUUCCUACUUUAAUCUUUAUACAUUAUGGUAGUCAAACGUCGCCUGAUUUCUCGUUAAGCGUGGACAAAACCCUAACUCAAUGUCGCCCAUUAAAGCUUAAGAAAUUCCAGGUGUGCUGCCGUUUUUCUAUAGGAUUUGAAUCGCAUAUCAACAAUUGGAUUCGUUAUGCUCUGAGAUAUAACGUAGAAGAGUUUAAUUUAACGUUACCGAAAGGGAAACAGAAGUUUUUGUUUGAUCAAUUUUUCUUCAAUAACACAUGUUUUAUUGAUCUGAAAUUAGAGGACUGCGUGUUUACUCCAACUGGAGCAAUUAGUUGGAAAAAUCUUAGGAGUUUGUGCAUUUCCUCUGGUAAGCUAAAUGAAGAUUUGAUUGAAAACAUAUUAUCGGGGAGUCCUGUAUUGGAAACUUUGGAGUUGAAAUUUUGCAAUGGUUUUAGGCGAAUCAAUAUUACUUCAAAGAGUGUUAAGAAGCUGGUGUUAUCUGGAUACAUGGAUUCUCAUAAUCCAUUCGAUGCCCAUACUAUCGAAAUUAAUGCUCCUAAUAUUUUAUCAUUGACAAUUGAAGGUAACCUGUGGUUGUGGAACCUUUUGUUGCUAAAUGUGUCUUCUUUAGCCAAAGUUAGCUUAAAUUAUGUUAAUGUCAUCACUUGGCACAUAAUACGCGAAGAAACGGAAGACGAGAUGUUUAAGGAAUUAUACUAAAACUUUGCCACGUUAAGGAGCUUAAAAUUGGGGUUUUCUGCUCUAUGGUUCUUUCUCGUUUGCAAACUAAAGGUUUCAUUGUCCCAUCAAAUAUGAAGUUUCUAGUUGUUACUCAUAAGUCAUAACUACCAACAUUAAAUGAUUGAUGAUGCUUCGAGUUCAUGCGUAUGCAGUUUAGUUAUCGUGAACUGUUUUCAUCUUGUUUUCCUGUUUCGUUUUGUAAAGUUUACUUGGAUCUCCUUCAAAAUAUUGAUCUUUUGCCCUUUUGAUGUGUGCUUUCUCUAUUUAGCCAAUGCAUUGUUAGUUAUUACCCCGAUGCAUUUAUUGUAGUUUAGUGCCUUUGUUUUUUUGCUCUUUAUAUAUGACACUUUUUAUUAACUAA